UGUGUCCAGUAGGUGGCAGUAAGUUGCUGCGCAGCCUUCAAUCCGAAAAAACAGAAGAAGGAAGUUCGAAGUUCAUCGCUGCAUCGCCGCUAGUAUAUCGCUAGCUGGCUGCGUUUGUUCUUUUAUAAUGGCAAAACAUCAUCCAGAUUUGAUAUUUUGCAGGAAACAGGCUGGAGUCGCCAUUGGAAGACUGUGUGAAAAAUGUGAUGGCAAAUGCGUUAUCUGUGACUCUUAUGUCAGGCCUUGCACACUAGUUCGUAUUUGUGACGAAUGCAACUAUGGGUCUUACCAAGGGCGCUGUGUCAUCUGUGGAGGUCCUGGAGUUUCUGAUGCCUAUUACUGCAAAGAGUGCACCAUCCAGGAGAAAGACAGGGACGGCUGCCCCAAGAUCGUGAACCUCGGCAGCUCGAAAACUGACCUUUUCUAUGAGAGAAAAAAAUACGGCUUCAAGAAGAGGUGAAGAAACGGGGAUUUUGUUUGUCGCAGUUUUCCUGUACAAGAGUUUUUCAUUUUGUUGAUACAAUAAAAAGAUUUUUUUUU